AUGAAUUGCAAGAAUGGAGGUUGGAGUGGAGAACUUUUUCACAAGUUGUUCUGGAUAGCUGCAAAUACUUACAACCCCUUUGUUUAUAACAAGGAAAUAGAGAAGAUCACUGAGUUUGAUCCAAAUGCAACAAAAUACUUGGACAAAUGUACUGAGAAGUGGUCCAGGCAUCAGUUUGAUCCAAAAGUGUGUUGUGAUCAUAACACAACUGACUUUGUGGAAUCAUUCAAUACGCUGACCAAGUCAUACAGGGAUUUACCAGUGUUGACACUAUUUGAAGAACCUCACCACUUAACUGAGUAUGCUAGACAGGAACUAAUUGAGCUAAGAAGUGCAGAGUCAAGGUUUUGCUACUAUACUCCUUGUGGUGGUGGGGAGUAUGAGGUGAGGGAUGACCAUGUACAUUUCCCAAUGAGGAUAGACACCAAGAAAUGUGGAUGUGGAGUAUGGCAGGUCUCUGGAAUCCCUUGUAAACAUGGUUUGAGGGUGAUUUACAACCAGAGACUUAGCCAUGAAGAUUUUGUGGCUGAAUUUUUCAAAGGUGCUGCCUAUAAACAGACAUAUGCAAUGCCUGACCCCACUCAGUGGCCUGAGUACUCCCUUCCCACCAUUAAACCUCCUGGGAUCAAGAGGAGUGCUGGUAGACCUCCUAAACAGAGAAGGGGGGGGGGGGUGCCAUGGAAGCUAAGAAGAGGAAGAGGCAUAGUUUAG